UCAUCUCAUUAACGUGUAAAAAAUUCAUAUUUCGAAAGAUGCAAUUCCGUUAAGUAUAGCUUGUCAAAAUGUCACGACGGGAAUACGCGCGUCUAUCGAUGAUUCUGGUACGCUGAACUUUAUUUCCCUCGCCGAUGUUCCUUCGUACAAUUUUUCCUUCACAAAUUUCCAAUUCGUCAGUGGAUUAAUAUGAGUGCGGUAUUCGACACGCGCUAUUAUAGUGUAACAAAACUGUUUGCCUCGGUGGUCGGUAUGUGGCCGUAUCAGUCGCAACUUAAGAGAAGAAUCAUCCAAUCUAUCAGCAUGUUCAUAAUGUUCACGUUUUUUCCGCCUCAGGUGAAGAGACUCUACGACGUAUGGGGAAAAGACAUAGAUGCAAUGUGCAUGUGUGUACCGCCUAUCAUGACUAUCUUAGUAAGCAUGGCUAAAGUAAUAACGAGCGCUCGAUAUGAUACGGAGAUUAAAAUGCUGUUGCGCCAGAUCGAAGUAGACUGGAAAAUAAAUCCGAAUGCGGAAGAGUACAAGAUUUUAAGUAAUUACACGUCGAAGGCGAGGAUGUUGUGCAUCGUUUAUUCAACUACGUUGUGUAAUGGACUCAUGUGUUUUAUCAUGACACCGAUGAUCUCGCCGGUGUUGGACAUCAUAGUACCCCAUAACGAAACGCGUACGAGAAGCUUGGCCUUCGACCUCGAUUACGGGAUUGAUCUUCAGACCCAUUGGCUAUGGUUAUGGAUGCACAGCAGUAUGACAUCAAUGGCGACUAUAAUAAAUAUCAUUGGCGCGGAUUUGAUGUACGUCACACUUACUAUUCAUGGUUGCUGCCUAUUUGCAAUUGUCAGAUAUAAAUUGGAGCAUGUUGCCGAUUCGAUCAAAAAACAUACUAUGCAAUCUUUCGAGAAUCAUAAUCAUAAUAUUAAAUAUUAUGAAUAUGAUGAGCGGUUAAAAUGGAAAGAGCAAGCUGCUAUUGUAAAAGAAUGCGUUAUUAAUCAUCAAAGAGCAAUAAAUUCUGUGCAAUUAUUGCACUGCAUUUACACGUGGGGUUUCCUCACCAUAUUAAGUUUAAAUCUAAUCAACACAAGUAUCUCAGCGGUUCAAUUAUUGAGCAAACUGUUCCAAUGGGACGCAAUGGCGAUGUGUAUUAUGUUUAUAUGUGGCCAAUUGAUUCACUUGUUCUUUCUCAGCUUAAUGGCACAGUAUUUAUUAGAUCAAAGUUCGAACGUUCACGAAUCAACGUAUUCAGGUCUCUGGUAUAAUAUGCCCACCAAGAUACAGAAGGAUAUUGUACUGAUUUUAAUAAGAAGUCGCAUACCAUGCAAACUAAUGGCUGGAAAACUCUUUGUAAUGUCGCUGGAGAACUUUUGUACGAUAGUGCAGACAGCAAUGUCCUAUUUCACGGUAUUGGCAUCUUUUCGAUAAGUAUCGGCAUCUUAAAAGUUUAUAA